UGGUGGCGGGCCCCGGCGGAAGCCAGAGGCGCCGGGGCAGGAGCGCGCCCGCGGCGGUGCGGACGGCCGGGCCAUGGCCGAGAAGUUCGACCACCUGGAGGAGCACCUGGAGAAGUUCGUGGAGAACAUCCGGCAGCUCGGCAUCAUCGUCAGCGACUUCCAGCCCAGCAGCCAGGCCGGGCUCAACCAGAAGCUGAAUUUUAUUGUUACUGGCUUACAGGAUAUCGAUAAGUGCAGACAGCAACUUCAUGAUAUUACUGUCCCUUUAGAAGUAUUUGAAUACAUAGAUCAAGGUCGAAAUCCCCAACUCUAUACCAAAGAGUGCCUGGAGAGGGCUCUGGCUAAAAAUGAACAAGUUAAAGGCAAGAUUGACACCAUGAAGAAAUUUAAAAGCCUGUUGAUUCAAGAACUUUCUAAAGUAUUUCCUGAGGACAUGGCUAAGUACCGAAGCAUCCGAGGGGAAGACCAUCCUCCUUCCUAACUUCCUCCCCCGUCUGUCUGAAGAUCCUCCUAGUCGUGCACGAGUGGCCGUGACCUUCAGGCAGCCUGUGACUGAGCGGCCCCGACGCUGUUUCCUGGGCCCGUCCUCCCGCCACCUUGUCCUUGUCGUUGGCCUCUGCGGGUGGCAGGGCCUGGAGGGCGGGCGGGGCUGUGCCGCCAGCUGCCCCCUCUCCCUGACGUGCUCUGUUUGGUCCUCUAGCUCUCAGAGGACUGGCGAUCACACAGCUUUGAGUGCGAUGUGUAUGAUUCUCCACGGCCAAAUAGUCUUGGAAAUAUUAAAUAUGAUAGGUAAAGUAAAAGUUUAAAAAAAUUCUA